GCCGCUAAUCGAGCACAGAUUGAAAAGUUAAUCAAGCUUACCUAAUGAUUUUGGCAAUCGAUAGUUUAUUGUGUUAUUGUGUUAAUUUUACUUACUCCAUUGGUUAAUCAAAGAUUUUUCUUUGAAAAAUGAGCUGACUGAUGGCGAUGUUCUGUUGAAAUUGUGAUGGUUCAUUAUAGAAGAUUUCAUAGAGGAGUGCUAUGAUGUAGAGUAGACAUGGGCACCUGCUAUUCCAAAGCUGGUCACGAGGCUGGGGCCCAAAGCAAGGAGAAGAGGCCCAAGGAGAAAAAGGGAGAAAAGAAUGGGCAUGCAGAUUCGGUUAAAAAUCACUUGGUUGUGCCAGAAAUCCAGAAAGACCUUAGUGACACUAUUUACACCGAGGACAGCCACAUUCCAUGCCCGAACAUUGACAAUUGUCUCAACAAAAGUCAGCAGACAAGCUUGGAAAAAUUGACACGGGAUGCAAACAAGAAUAUUGAGACCAAAACAUUUGAAGAUUUUGUCAACAAAGACGAGUGUCUAGCCAUAGAAACCGAAUGGGGGGAAAAUGAUUUUGCAGAUGCAAGAACUGCAUUGCUCAGUAAACAUGUGGAUAUGGAUGUUCCCGAUGGAAAAGUAUCUGCAUCCGAUAGCGGUAUUGUUGUAGAAUUGUCCUGUAAGAACUGUGAUAGGGUUGAUCCGUACUCAGAUAGUUUUGAGUCAAGGGUUGAGCUUGUCGAUGACGUAUGGAAUGCGAAUAAAACAGACAGUGAAACGUCACCAGAAAAAGCUGGCAAGUAUUCUGACUUGUGUAUGGGUAUAACCGAUAGACGCUCGCAACAAAUAAAUCAAGUAUCAGAACAUUCCGUCUCCCGUAGUGACGUGGGUGGCCAUGAAGACUCUACUAAAGAGUCGGUCACAUCAAUAGACCGACUUAGUGAGCAUAGCAGAGUGUCUGAGCCUGACUUUGAUAAAAUCCGACUAGCCCUGCAUAGGCCAUCGUCUGUUGGAAGUCCCACGGAUCACAGGUCAUUCCUUGACAGCUCUGAGGCCAGUUUCGAGAUCUCCUCGGGUCUCCAGCAACCUGAGGUUAUGACGAUGACAAUGAACGGACGAGAGGUGGUCAUCAUUGACGCUGACCUGUUCUCACAGAUCAUAGAUGAGAUUCAGAUCCUGAAAAUGAAGCUGAGCCAGUUGACCGAGGUUAUACAGGACGGAGAGGAGGGUGAAGUAGGAACCAGUGUCUCAGUGUUGUCGUCUUCAGCAUAAUAUACAUAUUCCUUCCAUUAUGUGCAAUCAUCAUUUCCACAUGUCGUCAUUACCCGCAAUGCUCACGAUUGGUCUUUCCUAGAAAACAAAAGAUGAAGACAGCGUAUCUCAGUGGUAACCUGACACUAUUGCAGCUGACAUCUUGUGAUCGAUCAAUCAUCUUCGUUUGUGGUCAUCGAUGCUUAUUAUUGCAGAACACAUCAUCUGUAUCUGUUGAUUGUUUCGUCCGCACAUCGUGAUGUAGUGUGCUUACUGCGUUGCUUUUUAGGUCAAUUAACCCUUUUCCACUAAGAUACGUAUUUUGACACAUUUUUAGUCCCUUAGAAAGUUACAUUGAAUGAAGGACCUUUCUUACUAGAUUUAAGUUUUUAAGGCUUCAUUUCCAAACCUUAGAUACUGAUGAGCAGCAAACAGCAUAAAACCUGAAUAGACUGCGAGGUUACUCACAGGCUGUUGUGGUUUUAUGCUGUAAGCAAAUUGCCAUUUUCACCUUGCUUCUGUGUGGGAAAGGUUUAAUACUGCUGUUGUAUACAUAAUGAAUCAACAUUGAUUUUGAAGGAAUUUUAACAAAUUACUCAAUCUUUAAGGUAACCCAAACAAUUGUCUGAAUACAUUUUCUGGUUGUGAUAAUUAUAUAAUGCUGAACAAGCAAUUGUCGUCUAAAUAGUAAAGGCGUUUUAAAUAAUUUCUUAAUAUUAUUAAUUAUUUGGAUAUAUACUGAUCAUCUGCUGUAGCUUUUUUAUUAACAUAGUUAUAUAUAUAAAGCUAUAUAUUUUUGGACAGACUGUUUGACAGCUACAUCAUUGUUAAUACAUAAAUACAUAGCCUGAAGAUUUUCAAAACAAAUAGCCUGAUUUCCAUAGUAAGAGGCCUUUUUUUGUGUGGCACCCUAGCAACCCUGAUUUGUUCACAUAUUUUAUAUCAAUCUGUUCAGUCAUCAUUUUGAUAGGUUAAACACUGAAAUAGUGGAAUAAUAUUUAUAUAAAUCAUAACUGAAAUAGUGGAAUAAUAUUGAUAUAAAUCAUAACUGAAAUAGUGGAAUAAUAUUGAUACAAAUCAUAACUGAAAUAGUGGAAUAAUAUUGAUAUAAAUCAUAACUGAAAUAGUGGAAUAAUAUUGAUAUAAAUCAUUGAAUUAAUCUUCUUUAGACUAACAAACCUUUUAAUAAUAAUAAAUAUGUAAACAAAUAUAUUUGCAUUUACACGUGCCACAAAUUUUGGUUAAAUUUUGUUAAAUUGUCUUUUUCCAAACAAAAUCUCAAAAUCGCACGUUUUUAAUCCAAAAGAACAACAUUUGUGUGAGAAAAUUUUCUAUAGAUAAAUAACUGAAGUUUUAUCUGAGAUAUACAUGUAAAAUGUUUUACAAAAUAUUGGGUUGACACAUCUAUAGGAAUGGAUGACAUAGGAAAGAAGGAUACAUGUUUGUAUUUGCAUUACAUUAAUAGAGGUACAGCUCUAGUCACACAAAAGUCAUUCAUACCGGUACUAUAUGCUUAGUUGGUAUUUAAUAAAUUUAAUAGAUAUGUCUGUAUGUGAGUGAGUGUUUAUAUAAUUUAUAAUGUAUAACUUAUGUAAUAUAUUAAGGAUAAUUGUAAAAUGCUUAACAUAUCAGAAUACUAUGAGACAAUUAUGGACCUGUUUUAGGAAUGGGAGUGUAUGUUUUUUGGUAUUUGUUCGUUAGUUGGUCUUUCUACCCAAUGACCAUUUCUUAUCUGCAGAGAAUAUUUCGACCUACACUUUAUUACAGUUGUGUAAGCUGGUUACUAUGCAUUGUUAAGAAAGCGGUUCUUGAAACGCAAAUGAAUUGUGACAAAAUGGCACGAAGGGGGAGGGGGGGGGAGGUUCAGGCAUAUCAGUGACAGUUAAAGUUUCCAAAUUUUUGAAUAACUUUAACUUGAAAAACAUAAUUAACAACUUAUUGUAUAGGUUGCAAUUUUAUUGUAUUUAUGAGAAAUUAAAAAAGUUAUACAUCUUUUAUGAAUGUGUAAGCUUAGCGAAUGUUAAUUAAUUUGCAAUGUGUUCUUGCUUCUCCUGUUGUGAUCUUUUUUGCUUUUUGCAGUGUGAGUUGAGUUUUAAACCAUACCCCCAACAAAAGAACACUUGUUUUGCUGUACUCAUAUGAUGAAACACAAGGUCAUCAUAUGAUAUCCAGAGAACUUGAUGGAUUUCAAAGAUUUAAGGGAGAGCCGUGUUCUUUGAAAACUGGGCGAAAUGCAUGUGCUUAAAGUGUCGUGAUAACAGGCUUAAUAGAGACGACACUUAGCUUUUAUGGAAAGUUUUUGUUUAUAGGAAAUCUAGUUUAGAAGGAAAGUGUCUACCCUGAUAAGGUUGUCUAAUCUUGGACGAAACACUUUAGGCACAUGCAUUAAGCUAUGUUUUCCCAGAACAAGGUUAAAGAAAAUUUUCAGCAAAGACAUUAUUAUUUCCAGGCCCAAGAUGAUGAUGAGCAGCAAACAGCAUAAAACCUGAACAGCCUGCAAAUUACCCGCAGGCCGAUUUGGUUUUAUGCUGGUGGCAUAUAGCAUUUUCUCUUUUUGCUUCUGAGUGUACAAACAUUCAGCCUCUACGCAUUUGCAGUCAAUAAUACACUGUGUAAAUAGUUUAGUGUUGUUCAUUCAUGUGUUUAACAUCAUUUUUAGUGCUGUUUACGCUAUUAGGGAAGUGCUCAUUGUUUGAACAGAUAACCAUUCGUUUCUAUGCAAAUGAUGUACAUUUAUAACAUGUUAUAAUGAUUGAAGGAAGAUACCCUUAUCCUAACCCAUUUGGAUACAUUUAUAUAUAACCCUUACAGUGCUGGAACCGAAUUUUAAAGGCCUUUGCAAACAGUUUGGAUCCAGAUGAGACGCCACAGAACGUGGCGUCUCAUCAGGAUCCAAACUGUUUGCUAUUCUGAUAGUGUUCUUUGAAAAAAAUCUAAGAAAAUGCUAAUUUUAGAAAUUCAGCAGAAGACAUUUUAGCAGACGACAAAUUUCCCAGCAUGCAAAGGGUUAAGAUGAAGAGUACUAUGUUAAGAGCAAUUUAUGGUACAAGCAACUAACCGAAGACACUAUGUUGUAUUUGUAUUAAUAUUGAAUAAUAAUAAUUUUAUUUUAAGAUGACUUUUUGAGAUAAAAAAGUGAUUGUCAGUUUAUUAUGUUCUGGUCAUACUGUUUGUCUCAAAGAUUGACAUCCCUUGUUGUCAUGGAGACCUAGGCAUAAAUGUGUGGCUGUCUGAUGGUCAGUUUUGUAGCCACCGUUGUGACAUUGUGUCUAAGUUUACCUUGUGACAUUGAGGAAAGACAAAUAUUUUGUCAACUUUUUAGCUCUCCUAAGCAAAACGUGCUAAUGAUGAGCUUUUGUGAUCACCUUUUGUCUGUUGUUCAUCAUGCGUCAUAAAAUUAUCCCCUGUGAAAACUCUACAGGCCAUAUUAAUUGCUUGAUCUUCAUAAGACUUGGACAGAACAUCUGUCCAAUUCAUGUCUAAGUCGAGUUAAAAAACCUGUUAAUGUGGGGACAAGAACUAGGUCACUAGGUUUAAUUUAAGAAUAAGUUGCUCAGAACAUUUGUCGUAAUGAUUAUUUUAUCAAGUUGAAAAUGGUUUCCAGUCCGUUAGAAAAAUAAGGCUGCUUGGGGGUUGUGAGCAGUUUUCCUUACAUGGAUAAUGUGAAAAGUUGUGAACAAGCUAGAAGUCUUAUUUUUUCGCCCGAUCAUCAUGCCCGAUCAUCAUAAAUCUUGGGUAGAAUAUUAGUUCUAUUGACAUCUUGGCUGAGUUCGAAAGGGUGAAUUUUCUUAUAUACCUUUGGUAAACCUUCCCUUGUGAACACUCAAUUGGGCACAAUGGUUUUCCAUAUAUUUCUAUAAUGAAACAUUGUUAAUUCUUUAGUGGUCAUAUUUGUUUACAAAAUAUAUCAGACAAUGGUUCUGAUUGAUUGAAUAGCAUGGCUAGCAGGGAGUAAGGGAGUUCUCCAUACAUUUGUACAGUGACACACGUUAGUGGUCAUAUUGUUAACCCAAUGAUUAUAAAAUGUGCCCAGAAAAUGUGUUCAAAUGAUAUCUGAGCAGAGUUUCGAGAUAGUUAAGUAAUAUCCAAAAAGAGCAUCUGGUGGUAGGUUUGUAGGUUUCCUUAUAUGGCUAUAGUUAGACAAAAUAACCUGUUAAGUUCCUUUCGGUCUCAGGUGUGCGCUUUAGGGCCUUUUGCUCACUUGUCCAGCUGAUGUAUUGAUAUUUAUGUUACAUAAUGAUGAUUCCCUUAGCCAGUUGUGUUUAUAAAUGUGGAAUAUGGCACGUGUGACAUGCUUGUGGCAUUAUAUACAGGUUGUCAUUGAUUUUUAGUUUUGAAAUGUCUCUUGUGUACUGACAUAUCAGAGUUUUUAUUUUUAAAAUAAUAUAUAAAAUAAUGAUAAAAACUUUGCUUCCAAAGUAAAGGUUUGUGGCUUUCCCUAUUAAAGCAAUUGUUUUUACAGGUUGUCGUUUAUUCCACAAUUCACAACUGUUUUUACAUUUUUUCAAUCUUGGGGGCUUAUUAAGAAUAAGGUUUAAAAUAUUAUAUGUGUCUGUUAUGAAUUGUGAAAUGCGCUUGAUUAGACCAAAGUAUAAGAAAACAGCCAGUUACUUAAAGAAUAAUAUUAUUUUAAGAAAUUUCUCUAAGGAUUUUUUAAAUCUAAAAUAAUAACUAUUUAACAUAGAACUUGCAUUUCCCAUGGCAGUCAUGUAGAGAAACAAAUACAAUUUUAAGGUCUCCCAAUCAAACUCAAGUAAAUGGCUUAUCUAGAUUAAAAAAAUAUAUUUUCUUAUACAUUAAACAUGGUUACAACGUUAAGGGUUAAGAAGACCGGCAGUCAUGGUUUCUACUGCUAAAAGGUUUUGCAGCGGCUUAAAGCUUUUCAAUAAAAAUUAAUGUUACAGCAGAAGGAGUACACUGAUAAACCAGUUCUUUAGCUUUGAAAUAUUGCCCUUAUGCCUGUCAGAUAAAUCAUAGAGCAAUUGGGAACAUUUCAUGGAAAACGUAUUACUAGUGCUAGAUCCUUUGAUUCAAAUUUACAAUUAUAAGACUUGACAUAAUAAUAAGUCUUAAAAUUUGCACCAAUGUAAAUUGCAUCUGAGGAACUUCUGUAGCCUUGAAUUGAAGCUUUCAUAUCAUCCAGCGCAGCACACUGAUGGUCUUCUCAUAUCAUAAUUUUCCAGCUUAAGCUAUGAUGUGCCAUCUGCCAUUUCAGGGCCCCAAUAAAAAAAUUCUUAAGUUUGAGCCUGGUUAUAUUUUUACAAAAGUAAAAAAAAAAUUUUUUAUGUAUUAUUUAAUUUUAUUUUAUAUUUACAGUUGUGAAUUGUAGAAUAAAAGCAUAUUUUCAAAUGUUUGCUCCAAUCAUCGAUAGUUUUAAUUUUGAGGACUUAUAAGAACUUAAAUUGGAGUUAUUUUUGCAUAUAUGUCACUUUUUUGUACUUCCGUUAUAAAUAAAUGUUACAUAUAUUUCCACAUUGUAUGGGAUGCACAAGUUAAGAUUUUAUAUAUCUUUGUAAUUUCAUUUUGUUGUGAUAAUUAUUUCAAAUUAGAUUUGCAAAUGUUGUAGUAUAGUAUGUAUUUAUGAUUUUAUUUAUUGUCAAUAAACCAUACUGCAAGUGGUAAAUGGUUGAACAUGAUGGAACAAUUUAUUUAAAUUUUGUACAUUAAAUGUGUUCAUUUUUGAUUAUCAUUUCCAGUAUAUACUAAUAGUAUGGCCUAAAUAUUCUAAAGAUUAUAAGCGGACCACUUGAAAUAGCUUUAUUUAAUUUUUGAUAAUUGCUAUGUCAUAUUUGAGGACUCAUGAAUAAAUUGUAUGUAAUAUU